AUGGAUUUAUACUUCCUAUCUCUCAAUGGCACUUGCAAUGAACUCCAAAUCUCUCAUCAAGCCGCACGUUCGCAUACACAAUCGUCUUGCUCAAGUUCGCGCCAUACUCUGAUCAGAGCGAUCAUGACCAAAAGGGCAGCCGAUGGAAGUGUAGUGAAAAAAGAAAAUUUGACAUGGACAGAUCAUAUGGAUAAUGUUCUAGUUGAAGCUCUGGUAAAGGAAGAUCAAAUAGGUAAUCAUGUGAAUGGCACGUUCACUUCGCAAGCUUAUACGAACAUGAUUGCAGUGAUGAGUAAAGAGUUUAGCAGGCAAACUCCGAUGUUGUUGCAUUUAGGACCAAAAAAAUUUCAAACUAUGAUCAGUUGGUGAUGUUAUUUUCAGAUGAUAGAACAUCGGGAUCAAAAGCAAAAACAGCAAAAGAAAAAAAAAACGAUCGGUUAAGCAAAUCCACAAAAAUUAAAAUAGAAAAAGUUGAUGAUGUGGAUGAACUAAUGACAAAUAAUAAGGUAAUUCUGGAUAAUGAAUACAAAGAUGAUGAUGAUGAUGAUAUUCAAAUAGUGUCAGCAACGGAUGUUUCACCCGAUGAGAGUUCAAAAGCCAAGAACCUAAAAAGUUAUUAAAAAAAAUUUUUAAAAAAAAAAAAAAAAAAAACUUCAAGAUGAAGAGCAGAACCUGAACUUGAACCUCAACCUCAACCUCAACUAGCAUCUUUUAAACACAAUAUUGUGCAAACAUUUAAAGAGAUUGUUGAUGUUAUGAGGGAAGUAAACAAAUCUCGUGACUAUACAGGUGAGGAAAUCGAGAAAGAAUUAGAGUUGAUAGGGUUGGAUGUUGAUGAAUUCGCAGUUGC